AUGUUCAAUUCUUAUCAAGCAACUGGCAUGGGUUACGGCCAACCCAACAACCAACAAUACCAACAACAAUAUCAACAGCAGCAGCAACCACAACAGCAACAACAACCUUUGUAUACUCAAAGUACUGGUUUCAUGCAACCUAAUUUAUUUCAAUCCAAUAUUCAACCAGGGUAUAUACAAACUCAAGCAACGGGUUUCAGUGGAGCUCCGACUGUGGUUGAAAACAAUGAGUUGAAAAUACCUAGUUUUAGAUUAUCAUUUAUAACAGCUGAAGAUCAACGUAAAUUCGAACAUCUUUUCAGAACUGCAGUUCCUAGAGGUGAACAAGCAAUAAGUGGUGAUUCAGCAAGUAACAUAUUGCUUAGAUCUGGUUUAAAUGCGGUUACAUUAGCUGAAAUUUGGACUUUAUCUGACGUUGACAAGACAGGAUCAUUAUUAUUUCCAGAAUUUGCUUUAAGUUUACAUUUAUGUAAUGUUGCAAAAAAAGGUGAGCCAUUACCAGGGGUAUUACCAGCAAAAUGGUUGAAUGAAGUAAAAAGUUUCAUGGAUGCUAUCAAUUUUAGUAUACCUGAUGAUCCAAAUAAAAUUUUAGCCAACACACCAUUCGCCAAAAAGAAUGAUUGGUUUUCACAACCAGGCUUAAGCUCUCAAGCUACAGGCUAUAACCCACCAAAUACAAGUUUUGGAGCACAAUCAACAGGAUUCGUACCACAACAAACUGGAUUUGCCCCACAACAGACUGGAUUUGCUCAACAACAAACUGGAUUUGGACAACAACAAAACAAUUUUAUACAACCUCAAACCACUGGUUUUAAUCAACAACCGACUCAAAAUAAUUGGUUAGCACCUCAAGGUACAGGUUUCAAUCAGCAACGUCAACAACCUCCAGCCACUUCAUUUGGUGGAGCAGGCGAAUUUGUUCCACUACAACCUCAACAAACUGCUGGUUUGAUUCAAAAAACUGGUCCACUUCAAGCACAAGGAACUGGAUUCAAUCAACUUGGACCACAGCGUACAGGCAAUUUUGCUCCACAACCAAACGGAAUUCAACCACAACGUACGGGAGGAUUAGUACCACAAUCUACUGGUUUUCAACCACAACAAACAGGUUUCAAUACAAUUGGUUUACAACCACAAAAAACGGGACCAUUACAAGCAAAUAAAACAGGUCCAAUACCAAUUCAAUCUCAACAAACAGGACAAAUGUUACCUCAACAAACUGGUUCCAAUGGAUUUUUACAACUGCAACCAACAGGUAUGUUGAGAGCUCAACCUACUGGGAGACCGGGUGAAUGGGGGUUUGUCUCGAUGCCAACAGGUGGUUAUCAAGGUUUAAAUACUAUGCAUUCAGUUUUUCAACCAAAUAAUAAUUCUCAAAAUUAUCAAGAUUUAAAUAAAGUUAUGAAUCAAAAUUCAUCAAGUAAUGUCACUUGGGCUAUUUCUAAGCAAGAAAAAUUGAUAUAUGAUAAUUUGUUUCAGGCUUGGGAUACUGGUAGGAAAGGUUAUGUUGAUUCCAAUGUUGCAUUAAAUGUAUUUACCAAAUCCGGUUUAAGUAGAUCUGAUUUGGAAGCAAUUUGGACAUUAGCUGAUACUGAUGAUGUAGGGAAAUUGAAUAAAAAUCAAUUUGCUGUUGCUAUGCAUUUGAUUUAUAGAAGAUUAAAUGGUUUAGAUAUUCCAACUAGAUUACCUCCUGAAUUGAUUCCACCAGCUGAUAAAACUUUUAGAGAUACAAUGGACAGUUUGAAAAAUUCAUUGAAAAAUAAUGGAGCUAAUAAAUCAAAUAAAAGUAAGCCUCAAACGAAAUUGAGUGGUUCAAGAUUUAAGAAUGAUGAUGACGAUGUUGGAUAUGUAUCAAGUGCACGUUAUAAAAAGAAAGGAUCAUCUGAGGAACCAGCUGAAAAAUCUAGUGUUAGAUCUUCCAAAGAUUCUGAUUUAACAAUUGAUGAAUUAAAGAAAUUAAUUAGAGAAAAGAAAAUAUUAUUAGAUGCAAUGGAUGUUGAAGAUGAAGAGAAACAAUCAGCUGGUUCAAAUGAAAUUGAUAAAUUAAAGACACAAAUUUUUGAUUUACAUACAAAAAUUGUUAAACAAGAUGGUAAUAAUAAAAAACUGAAUUUACUUAAAAAAUUGGAUCAUAUUACAAGAGAUCAAAUUCCAAAAUUAAUUUCCGAUAUAAAUCAAAUCAAUAAAGAUAUAUCAGAUAAAAAAGUUGAGCUUGUGAAGAAACAAAUUAAAAGUGAGAAUCCAAAUUGGGAUGAAUCUAAUAUUGAUGUAAAUAAUCCUGGUAAGUUUGAUUUGAAACAAAAAAUGGCCAUGUUAACUGGGAAAAAUCCAAAUGGUAAUUCUGAUCAUAAAUUCAAAGAAGCAAUUGAAAAAUCGAAUUCUGAUUUAAAAAGUCAAUCAGAAAUGAUUAAAGACAUUGAAUCUGGAAUCAAAUCAUUAGAAAAUGAAUGUGCAUCUAAGUUAAAAACCUCAUCUCGAUUAGAAUCAGGUUAUGAAAAAUGGGAAAAAGGAUUUGGUAUUAAUGAAGCAGUAGCAUCUUUUGUUAGAGAAUUAUCAAGGUAUCAAAAUCCAGAUAAACCAGUUAAAAACGAACAACCAAGACAACAACAAGCUCAACCAAGCCAUGCUACAACAAAUAAUGAUAAAUUUGUCAAAAACGAUGUAUCUUCUCAACCGGCUACUUCAUCUACUCCGUCAACCUACAACACUGCCGAAGAAAGGGCAGCUUAUAUUAAAGCUGAAGCUGAAAGAAGAAUGGCCGCUAGACUUGAAAAACUUGGAAUCAGUAGAAGUAGUAGAAAUGCCAAAAAGUCGGGAGAGAGCCAAACCGCACCAGCACCGGUUGAAAAAGAAGUGAAUAAAGUCGAGCCACCAAAAUCACAGCAAAAAGAAUCAACUAUUAAACCACAACAACCAGAACAAAAAAUUGAGCCAUCAAACCCACAGGAAACUGAACCAAAGGUUAAUCAAGAAAAACCUGUUAAAAAAGAGGAGCCAGUCGAGUCAGUUGCAAAACCAGAGCCAAUUAAGAAUGACGUUGCUGAACCACCAAAGCAGCCUGAAGUAUCUUCUAGCACCCAAAACAACCAUCAACAACCAUUACCCUCUUCAACACAAGCUCCUCAAGAUUAUUCUUCUUCAGAUGAUGAAGAUUUCGAUUUCCAACCAAAUACUGCUAAGACAUACACUGCUCAUGGUCAAUCAACUUCGAAUAAAUCUCAAGAGUCAACUUUAGCAAGACCUGGAACGCAACAGGAAUCAACUAAUGAUCAAAUUCCUACACCAAAAUUAGAAGAGAAGAAAGAAGCCGAACAACCUAUACAAUCACAACCUCCAAAAAGACAUGAUAAUAAUCCAUUUUUUAAAAAACAAUUUCAAUCAACUCCAGUUGAUACUCAAAAGGCAUCUAUUCAAAGAGGUUUUCAAAGAGGAAUUUCAAAUAAUGAUAAUUGGAGUGACUCAGAAGAUGAUGAUUCAGAAGAUGAUGCACCAAAUAGAGCUGGAGCUGCUCAUUUAGCUAAUUUAUUAUUUGGAGGUAUGGCACCACAACAAACUGGUAAUACUCAGUCUGAAGCAACAGAAUCAAACAAUCCUGUUCAAGAGUCUGUGCAACCACAAACUAAUUAUUCCAAAGAAGUUGAAGAUACAAAUUUUGAUCAAGAAAAUAGAAAUGUAGAACCAGAGUUAUCAGUUGAAUCACCUUCAUUUGCUUCAUCUCAACCAUCUGAUAGUGCUCCAUCAUUGCCUCAAUCAGUUCCACCGCCACCACCACUACCAACACAACAACCUCAACAAUUUUCAGCUCCUUCUCCACCAACUAAUGGUCCACCAUCAAUACCAUCUGAUGUUCCACCUCCACCACCUCCUUCAAACAUUCCACCUGCUCCUCCUUCAAACAUUCCACCACCCCCUCCUUUAAAUUCUGCACCACCACCAGCUCCUCCUUUCCCACAAACGAAUAAUGGAGCAGCACCAUCUGCAGCUGCUCCGCCAGCACCACCACCACCUCCUCCAGCUUCGAAUAAUGGACAAGGAUCAAACUCAACAACUGAAAAUCAGCUUCAAAAUCAAGCUACAGGAAAUCCAAAUAUAGGAGCUUUAUUAAAUCAAAUUACAGGAGGUUCAACAUUACGUAAAGUAGAAACUAAAGUUUCAAGUGGUGCUACUGUUGGUAGAGUUUUAUAA